AUGAAGCCAUCAAGAAUGAAAGAUAAUUUAUCAAAAAUUCAUUACGAUAAACUGGAGAAACCACUUUCGUUUUUUCAGGCUCUUAAAGCAAAAAUUGAAAAACGGUCUACUGUGAAUAGUUUAUUUAAAAAACAAACAUCUGAUCUUGAUAAAGGACUUGUCGCUUCGUACAAGGUGUCUUUAUUGAUAGCAAAAAACAGUAAACCUCAUUCAAUCGGUGAAACUCUUAUUUUACCGGCUCUCAAGGAAAUAACCGAUACUAUGCAAAGAGAGAGUACUAGCAAUAAGAUGAUUAAGUCAAUUCCUUUGAAUAAUGACACUGUCUCCAAAAGAAUUGAUGAAAUGAUUGACGAAUCAACUGUGACAGAUAAUAAAGCUAUAUUACUAGCUUACGUGAGGUUCAUUAAUGAACGUAAAGAAAUCGUCGAGAAAUUAUUGUUUGCUACAAGUUUGAUCACUGAUACCAAAGGGUCGUCGAUUUUUCAAGCGGUGGAGGAAUAUUUUAUCAGAAAAAAUGUCCUCUUGACAAAUAUUAUUGCAUACGCAACGAAUGGCGCUCCUUCGAUGACCGGUCGUCAUGUUGGGUAUAUAGCCCACCUAAAAAAAGCUGUCCCAGGUGUUAUUUGUGUUCAUUAUGUUAUACAUUGCCAACAUUUAGCUGCUAAAAACUUAAGUGGUGUGCUGCACGAAACCCUUCAAUUCGUCAUAAAAGCUGUAAACAAUAUUAAAGCAAGUUCACUCAAUGACCACAUGUUUCGAGAACUUUGUCAUGAUAAUGAUGAAUAUUUUGAAAGAUUACUUUUGCAUACUGCAGUAAGGUGGCUUUCCAAAGGAAAAUGUUUGUGUCGUUUUUUUGCAUUAUUUGACUCUAUCAUUGAAUUUUUCAAUAAAAUUGAUCCUGUCUUAAAAGAAAAUUUGAAGCAACGAAAAAUUGAGAAUGGGUACCUUACAGAUAUUUUUGAAAAAAUGAAUGAAGUCAAUUUGAAGCUCAAGGGAAUAAGAUGA